GGGACAUACGAAUCCAGAAUAAUCCGCAGACGGCUAGCUAUCAUUUCAUCUCGUGGCAACGGCAAAAGCAUAUCGGCGUUAAGCACACCCCCUUUUCCGAGCAAUGACAGACGUCAGCCUCGCUUCGCUUCCGUGCUUCAGCUUAGACGAGAAGAUACUGCAAAUUCUGUGGGAUGAAGGUGUCCAGAUGGAAGAGCUCCUGGAAUUUUCCUUCGAACGCGUGGGAAAACUGGCUGCCGAGAGGGGCGUCGAGCUGGACGACGCCAACAAGGAGGAACUAUGGCUCUACGUGCAGCGUAUGAAGGCCGAGCAGCCAGACUGGGUGUCGCUGUCCCACUACCAGGACCGCUCUUCGAGGCAGCUGUUCGACUCCUGUUUGGAGGACUUCACCGGUGUGGAACACUUCCAUACGGCACAGCUCUCGUGGGACACAUCGUCUUGGAACCAGUCAUGCCAUGCCUCCUUCAGCCAGGACUCAUUAGACGACCACAGCGUUGCCCUGUACAGAGAUAAACGGUGCGGGCAAGGGCAAGAGCGUCAAGACGAAGUCCUCCAAGCGGACGUGCAAGACGCCCAAGACGUUCAGGCUUUCCAAAUGUGACCUGAGCCCGAUCUCUCCCAAGCCGAGGGCGCCGGUUCGUCGCUCGCGCAGCAAGGUAGCCGCCCUGCUCAGCCGCUUAGUGCGCGAGAGGACCACGAAGGAGCCACAGGAGGAUCGCUUCUUCACCCGAGGCAUUUGGCCCUCCUGGCUCAACUUCAACGCGACGCCCAAGCAAUCCAGUCCCACAAGACAAGGCAAUGGACGAAGCAUUGCCGCCCUCUCCGGACGCCCGAGAACGCCGUUGCUGCUGCGCUGGCUCGGUCGCAAGCGGUCACACGGAUACAGGGUGUCCGCUAUGCGACAGAGACCUUGAUCGAGACUCACCAAUAACAUCCAUGCCAUUCAGAGUUUUCCCAUCCUUGACAACGCGCACGUGUUUCAUUUUGGCAGCGUCCGAACUGGCUCGCCACCAAACAAGCUUUCAAUUCAUUUUUUUUUCUUGCGCUAAGUACAGUAGGACGAAACAGGGAUGGAACAGACACUGGAAUGAAGCGGACACGAAGUGACACACGGGAGCGCAAACUACCAACUUUGUAGUUUGGUAGUUUUUCCGCUUCAUUCCAGUGUCUGUUCCAUCCCUGUUGCGUCCUACUGUACUUAGCGCAAGAAAAAAUGAAUGCACACCAACUAGCCCAAUUCAUAGCUCUUCUAAAAGCUCUCAAUGUUUCAGUCCUCAUGCGCACGCUUCUUGUUUUCUUUACCCACACCAUAUGCUUUGCCAUGUUUUACCAUGCUCACGCAGCGCUUUGAAUUUGUCAUUUUCUUUCAUCAUUUAUACGCCGAUUCUCGUCGAUUCGCGCAUAUUGUGCAUUUUUUGAUCACUUUCAUUCUCAAUAAACGAUGAGUCGCCCAUUUUUCA